AUGAACAGUCUAGCCAGGGAACCAGUGACCUUCAAAGAUGUGGCUGUGAACUUCACCAGGGAGGAGUGGGGACAGCUGGAUUCUCUUCAGAGGACCCUGUACCGUGAUGUGAUGCUGGAGACCUACGGACUCUUGCUUUCUGUGGGAAAUCAAACUGCCAAGCCCAAGGUGAUCUCUCUGUUGGAAGAAGGAGCAGAACCAUGGGUGGUGGAGCAAGCACCUUCUCAAAGCACCUGUCCAGAAUGGAAGAAAAUUCAUGAAAGUAAAGCAUUGAUCCCAACACAGAAUAUUUUUCAGGAAGAAAAAUCUCAUAGCAUGAAAUUCAAAACGUAUAUUUGGGAUGAUCCUUGGUUCUCAAAGUUGGAAAUUUGGGGACUUAAAGACCAAUUAGAAAUGUACCACACGAACCAGAGCACAGCUAUGAGGCAAAUGGUUUUCAUGCAAAAGAAGACUUCUCAGACAGACUCUAACUUCUGUAAAUUUGAGUCAGAGUGUAACCAGAGAUUAAAUUUUGUUCCAUCACAGAGAGUUUCUCAAGUAGAACAUUUAUGUAAGCUUGAUACAAAUCCUGAAAGCUGGAGAUAUGACUCAGCUAUAAUGUAUUCAGACAAUAUUACUUGUGAAAACGAUUCUGAUGAAGCCUUCUCCCAUUCCAUGCAACCUAUCCACCCUAUACGAAUGCAAACUAGAAACAAUAUUUUCAAAUGUACUGAUGCUGUUAAAUCUUUUAACCACAUAUUACAUUUUGGUGAUCAUAAUAGAAUACAUACAGGAAAAAAAUUCUGUGAAUAUAAGGAAUGUCAUCAGAUUUUUAACCAGAGCCCACUAGUCAAUGAAAAUCCAAGACUGAAUAUUGGGGAAGACCAGUAUGACUACAAAGGAUAUGAGAAUAUCUUUUAUUUCUCAUCCUUUAUGGGACAUCAAAAAAUUGGUCCUGUAGAGAAAGCAUAUAAGUACAACGAAUGGGAGAAAGUCUUUGGCUAUGAUACCUUCCUGACUCAGAGUGCGAGCACUUAUGCUACAGAGAAACCUUAUGAAUAUAAUGAAUGCGGCACAUCUUUUAUCUGGAGCUCUUACCUUAUUCAACAGAAGAAAGCUCAUACUGAUGAGAAACCCUACGAAUGCGAUAAAUGUGGGAAAGUUUUUAGGAAUCGUUCAGCCCUUACUAAACAUGAACACACUCACACUGGAAUAAAACCUUAUGAAUGCAAUAAGUGUGGAAAAGCCUUCAGCUGGAAUUCUCAUCUCAUUGUACACAAGAGAAUCCAUACAGGGGAGAAGCCUUAUGUAUGUACCGAGUGUGGGAAAUCUUUCAACUGGAACUCCCACCUGCUUGGACACCAGAGAACACAUACAGGAGAGAAACCUUUUGAAUGUGCUGAAUGUGGGAAAUCUUUCAGCUGGAGCUCCCAUCUAAUUGCCCAUAUGAGAAUGCACACUGGAGAGAAACCUUUUAAAUGUAACGACUGUGAAAAAGCUUUUAGAGAUUACUCAGCCCUUAGUAAGCACGAAAGAACCCACUCUGGAGCGAAACCAUACAAAUGUACUGACUGUGGAAAAUCGUUCAGCUGGAGCUCACAUCUUAUUGCCCAUCAAAGAACUCACACAGGGGAGAAGCCCUACAAUUGCCAGCAGUGUGGCAAAGCAUUCAGAGAACGCUCAGCCCUCACGAAACAUGAAAUAAUUCACUCUGGCAUCAAGCCCUAUGAAUGUAAUAAGUGUGGGAAAUCAUGCAGCCAGAUGGCACACCUUGUUAGGCAUCAAAGGACUCAUACUGGAGAAAAACCUUAUGAAUGCAGUAAGUGUGGAAAAUCCUUCAGCCAGAGCUGCCACCUUGUUGCACAUCGAAGAAUUCACACUGGUGAAAAGCCCUAUAAGUGUAAUCAGUGUGACAGAUCCUUCAACUGUAGCUCUCACCUUAUUGCACAUCGGAGAACUCAUACUGGAGAGAGACCAUAUAGGUGUAAUGAAUGUGGAAAAGCAUUUAAUGAGAGUUCUUCCCUUAUUGUACAUCUAAGAAACCAUACUGGUGAAAAACCCUACAAAUGUAAUCAUUGUGAGAAGGCGUUUUGUAAGAAUUCUUCUCUUAUAAUUCAUCAGAGAAUGCAUAGUGGAGAGAAACAGUUUAUAUGCAAUGACUGUGGAAAAGCAUUUGGUGGUCACUCAGCUCUUCUUCAGCAUCAGAGAAACCAUAGCGAAGAGAAAGUCUGUGAAUAGAAUUGAUAAGAAAAUUUUCUUUUAUUGUAUGAUUGCUA